AUGUUGUUCUCCGUGCUGCUACUCCUCACUUCCUCUUCCGCUCUGCCCUCCCCCAAUUUCCCUAACCCACCUGGCGUCCCAGGGCUUCUCUUCGCGUCCCGAAUCGAAGCCUCCAACCUGCCUCCGGACCCCUGGACCGGCACCCGCCUCAUCACCGAAGCCUCCAACCGCUCCUGGCCCAACGGCGCUUGCGGGCCAGGCGAUGCCUACAGUGCCCUCGACGCCGUGCGACAGUGCGCAAUAUCGCUCGUCAGUGAGAUACCGCACUGGAGAUGUCCCUGCUCGGAUCGCCUCGAUGGACCGGGCGUGUACCACUGCAUGAUUAUGGACGGCGGGGAGCCCGCGGCCGUGGUCAAGAGCUGGAGUGGGACGAAUAAGAGUCAGAGUGCGACCUGUGGAGAGGUGGGACAGGCCGUGAUAUGGGUGCUGGAUAAUUGUAGCAGGAAUGAUAGGCAGGAUACUGCUGGGUGGAAAUCGGUGCCAGGGAAUGAGAAUCAUCUUGUCGGGGUGACAAAUUGGCGGUAG